UUUAAAAGAACCGAUGUUAAAAGAACCAAUCUCCCAUCCAUUACCAGGCACUGGGGGAGGAGAAUGACAGAAAAGUUGGGGGUUUUGUCAGGAAGAUUUUGGGACACUAAAGAGGCAACAGAACACAAAACAACCUGUAAACUUGUCCAAACAUCUCUCUGGCAUUGACAGAAGUGUUACGGCCAUUUUGUCCUCCUUAUUUAUCUCCAUUGCUGGUGUUUGUUGGCCACCAUGUUCUCGGGUGUAUCGGGUGCUCUGUUGCUGACGAGCUUCUACGUGUGUUUGUCGGCAGUACGUCCGUGUUUGAUAAUCAGCGAGGUGAACUGCGAUAAUCCCAGCUUCGACAGAGAAGAAUUUGUAGAACUGUUCUCGCUAAGCGGUGGCUCCACCUCUCUGAACGGAUACACACUCGUUUUCUAUAACGGCAAUGGCAACGUGGCGUACCGCGUCGUGGACCUGAGCGGACACAGCACGGAUGAACGAGGAUUCUUCCUCAUCGGCUCGGCUGAGCUUCAGCCAUCUCCAGCUAUCCAGAUUCCACCAAACACCGUCCAGAACGGGCCUGAUGCCAUCGCCCUGUACGGCCCAUCCUGGGCUCCUGUAACUGAGAACGGCAACGUCUCUGCUGUCGGGCUGCUGGAUGCCAUAGUUUACACAUCUCGCCGAAUAACAGGCACCGCCGAUGUGUUGUCACGCGUCCUCACACCAGGUUCUUUCCCAUAUGUCGAGGACGAUCAGUUUAUAGACGGAGACGAGUCCAUCCAGAGGUGUUGGCUUUCGGAUAAUUACUACAGCUUUCAAAAUGCAACACCCACCCCUGGGCGGCCCAAUAUCUGCCCACCGUCGAACCCUGGGCACCUGUGGAUUAACAGGAUCCAGUUAAGUGGUGGAAUACUGACAGGACCUGUAGAGAUCAGUGUUGGGACAGAGAGAGGGCAGAUGACGGUGGUGGUGUACAACAUGCAGACAGACACGGUGAAGACCAGUGUCGGAUUUUACGCCGGUGAAACUGGGAAUGUUUUUGUAAAUUUUAACACAACCACGUUUUCAGAUUUAGACGGCUGGGCGUUGGCGGUGUACCAGGGGACGGUUGGAGAUUUCCAAAAAGGCAGCCUGCUCAAUCAACUUCAACCGCUCGAUGCCUUCGUCUGCAGCGGACUUACUAACGAACCGAGUGCCAUUCUCACCGAGACUCUCAUACCAGGAAGGAAAGCCUUCAAGCUCGACAGCAGGUUUUCAGACGUUGAUGCUUGCGUCACUCGGUGUGGUGCAGCUCAUUGGGCGAGAGAUCCCGGAGUAUUUCAACAUCAGGUCCGGAGACCGAGCGAGUCCAUCCAGUGCAAGUGGUACAACACCUGCCCUUACAGCACUGGUACGGGCUCCUUCGUCAAAGUGACCGACGAACCUCUCGAUCCCUGGUCAGACAACGAUGGCGACUUCCUGAUCAGCGAGGUGAACGCGGACACGCCAGGUUCUGCGGAAGAUGAGGAGUUUGUGGAACUCUGGCAUCCGUCCGGCCGCCGGACUUCACUCACUGGCAUCUGGGUCCUGCUGAUCAACGGCAACAAUGGAAAAACAUACCGUGAAAUCGAACUCCACGGACACUACACGGACGAUCACGGCUACUUCUUGAUUGGCAGUGAUAAGCUCAAACCGCAGAUCGCUCUACCACCAAAUACUAUCCAAAACGGGCCAGAUGCCAUAGCGAUAUACCGUUCGACAUCCCCCCCCUCCAACGAGAACACCAUCAUUCCCAAGAAUGGGCUCCUAGAUGGCUUGGUGUACCGAUCGCGUAGUUCAGACCGAGACUGGGCAGAUCUCAUCAAAGCUCUGACUCCAGGACAACUCCCCCUGCUGGAAGACACCACGUCACUCGACGGAGACGAGAGUCUCAGCCGAUGCGGACUAAACCGCGUCGACCUGAACUCUUUCAGGGUCUCGUCUCCCACUCCGAUGAAAGAGAACGAUUGCCCCCGCCCCCCUAAAGACCUGGUCAUUAACGAGGUGGGCGGAGUCUCAGGACCCAACGUCUUUGUGGAACUUACCGGUCCGUCGUCGGCUCCUCUGCAUGGCACGGUCCUGGUGCUGUACGAGCUCGACUCUACGACCAGACACGUCGUUCCUCUAGAAGGAGAGCUCGGAAACGAUGGAUUCUUCCUCCUGGCCAACUCUUCCAGUGCUGAUCAGCGUUUACCUGCCCUCUCGUCUCUCGGUGCGGUCUGGUUGUGUUACGGCUUGCCGAGCGUUUGUAGCACUGAAUCGAAGGUUCAGGACAUGUUCUUGCUCUCUAACAAAUCGAGCCUGCGUCCUUUUCUCCGCACGGUAACCCAUCAUGUCGUGCACCCGGUAGCCAGUUUCGAUUCCGUCUCACGCUGUGCGAUGAACCGAUCUGCUGCCUGGACCGCCUCCUACCCAACGCCCCGCCUCCCAAACCUCUGCCCGAACUCCACCCACUCUGUCCACAUGGACCUGUGCCUGCAAGAGUCUGAUUCUCACAUUACAUGUACAGCGGAGGGGUUUGCAGAGCUCCUGGAGCGUUCCUGUCAGUGUGGAAUCUCUGGUGUUCACCUUGCAGGUGUGAAUUUAACUUGCAUAUCCGAGCACCUGUAUGCAGAAGGUCCUGUAUUUGCACUGUCCAACCACCAGAGGGAGCUUGUGGCUCAGGCAGUGCAGAAAACCCAGACGCACUCCUGCGGUGUAAUCCAGGAACGGCUUUACAACAAAGAGUCCUCGCUGGGGCUACAGGUGGGACUGGUGUUAACAGUGGUGCUGCUGUGUGCUCUAGGAGGAGCCAUCUUCUUCUAUCUGUACAAGAAAAAACGGCCUCAAGACUACUAUUCAAUGGAACUGAAUGAACAUGACUCACCUAUGGAUCUCUAGUGCGUGUGAAUGUGUGUGUGUUUGUGUGUGUGUGCGUGAGAGUGUGUGUGUGUGCGUGAGAGUGUGUGUGUGCGUGAGAGUGUGUGUGUGCGUGAGAGUGUGUGUGUGCGUGAGAGUGUGUGUGUGCGUGAG